AAACUAGACACCAAAAAAAAAAAAACAAAAAGGAAACUACAAAAUGACUACAAAACAACCCAGAAAAGUUGCCCCCGAUGGCGGUUGGGGUUGGGUUGCCUGCUUCGGUGUAAGCCUGGUCAAUCUGGCCACUCGAUCUAUUGAGCCAUCGUUUGGAUUACUUUUCGGUGACACAUUGAAGGAAUUGAAUGUGGGCACAACUGGAGCAGCCAUCAUCAUCAGUGCUUUGGACGUGUGCAUGAAUUUCUCGGGCCUAUUUGUGGGUCCGCUGCUGAAGGAGUUCUCGUACCGUAAGGUGGCCAUUGCUGGAUCAAUGCUCUGCGGACUGGGACUGGCUCUUACGUCGCCGGCCACCAGCAUGGCCCAUAUUCUAAGCACAUAUUCGGUUAUCAAUGGCAUUGGCGUGGGAUUGUCGACAUCGGCAGCUUUUGUGGCUCUCAAUCAUUACUUCAAGCAUAAACGUGGCCAGGCGGUGGGUUUGUCCAUGGCUGGCACGGCCAUGGGAAUGCUGAUAAUGCCGCAGCUGGUCCGAGUGCUCCUUGAGGCGUACGAUUUCAGCGGUGCCGUCCUACUGCUGGCCGGUGUGGCAUUGAAUGCCACUGUUGGAUCGGUGUUGCUGCAACCGGUCAAGUGGCACAUGAAGGAGGAGUUUGACGACGAGGAGUUGAUGUGCAUAUCGGCCCUGCCCACGCCGCAACCGCAACUGACAGUCGGUGGGGCACCAGCUUCGAUUGCACCCGAGUUUAAGGUGAUCAAGGAGGAUGGCACCACCACGGCGGCUACUGUGGAGGAGGAUGCAUUGCCCGAGAUGAACACAUUGCUCUUUCACAAACACUCGAUGCGUAAGAACUACUCGGAAAUGGCCAUGAAUACGAUGAACGGCUCCAGAUUGGGCAUACCCAAGCGACCCACUUUCCCUCGCAUCAUGUCGCUGGCCGGCGUUCAGAGUGCCGCCCAUGGGGCUGGAGGUAAUAGUGAUGGAUAUCCCUCGCAGGCGGAGAUCAAUGCCACACAGUUGCGUUGCCGCAAGGCUUCGGUUACAUCGAAUCUAUCGUACAUGGAUUUCACUGGAUCCAUUCUGCAGGUGCAUCUCAAUACAGGUGACGACGAGUUCGAGCAGAAUGAUCGAGAGCUGCGUCGUGUGGGCACUGCCACCGGAAGCAUUGUCCUGGGCGGGCAUAGGGAUAGCUUCAUUAAAAUGAAACCCACCACCACCGAACUGGACAAACAGGAGGAGGAAAACUCCAAGCAGAAGAAGGCCAAGAAGCCAGGAUUCUGGCGUCGUUUUGCCGAUCUUCUCGACAUUGCCAUGCUGAAGGAUAAAAUGUUUCUCAAUCUACUCUUCGGCCUGUCCAUUUUCUAUGUGGCUGAGAUGAACUUCAAAAUGGUCACGCCAUUCUUUUUCGCUAACCUUGGCUAUAAGAAAUCCGAUGUUGCCUUUUGCCUCUCGAUAACGGCCAUUACGGAUAUUGCGGCACGUAUUGUCCUGCCACCGAUAUUCGACAGGACCACAAUCAAGAAGCGUACCGUUUUCCUUGUCUCCAUCAUUUUUGUGGCCAUCACACGAUCAAUCAUGGCCGAGCAAACAGAUUGGACCCAACUUAUGAUAUGGUUAUCCAUUUGCGGUUUCUUCCGUGGAUCAGCUUUGAGUAAUUUCACAUUGACCGUAUCCGAAUAUUGCUCAUUGGAGAAGCUACCCUCGGCCUUUGGCUGGCAUCUGGUGGGCAAGGCUUUAUUUGUGAUCUCAUUUGGCCCACUAAUUGGUCUUAUACGUGAUGUGACGGACAGUUAUCCAAUUUGCAUACACACGCAAAGCAUCUGCAUUUUGAUGUGUGCCUUCGCCUGGGGCAUUGAGUAUCUGGUCGAAUAUAUUCAAUCUCGUCGACGUACCGCAGAUGCCGCCCAAGUUCCCACUCAGGAAUCGACGACAGCGACAGCAACUCAGCAGAAUGUCAAACUUUAAAUUGAAAUGCAGCUGCAUUGUGAGAGGAUUAUAAUGUAGAUUUAUGUACACUAUAUAUAUGCAUGUAUUUUAUAGGUAUAUACAUACAUACAUACAUAUAUUGAAGGUAGACAGACGAUCCUCUUGCUAACCAUAUAAAUAAUACUUCUUACAAUACAGCCUCCAAAAAGUUAUGUGGGGUAUUGUGAUAUUUUAGACAUUUCAUCAAGUAAAAUCAACACAAAGUAAACUAAACUAAACUAAACAACUUGUCGUUUGUACAGUUUCAAGAGAUUCAAAAACAUAAAACUCAAGUUGUUCUUUAUAGGAUUUUCAUAGUACCUACAUACAUAUAUAUAAGACUGAUUCUUUGUUGUACAAAAACAAAAAAAAAGAGAACACACAAUUUAAUAGUGCCAUAUCUAGAGAGAAAACUAAGCCAAACCACAAAUUAUCAAAUUGAAGUAAAUUCUCGAGAUCAUAACUCACUAUUUGAUAUUCUGUCAAAAAUCUGUUUUCACAUGGCCUUAUAACAUUUAGUUUUUUCUUUGGAUAAGCCAACAUAAAGUAUAAUAAUUCGAAAACAAAUUUUCAAACAAAGAUCAGUCUAUUGUAAAAAGUAUUUCAUUAUCGCCAAAACGAAUCAAUUCAAGCCUAAGCUUUAUAUAUUUAUAACUUUUGUUUCUGUUUUCAACUACCACAAUCAC